AUGUCAUUCUCCAGCUUCUAUGAUCAGCCACUUCGACAAAUUCUUUCCGAAGUCGUUAAAUUAAGCCGGCGCGAAAAAGCCCGCCACGAUGCGAAUAUCUUAGCCCCGUCAAGCAAAGCCCUUACAGAUAUUGCAAUCGAAGUUCCACAAAUAGACUUCGUCGACGCUAAUCCAAAAGUAAAUGAACCUUCUCUGGUUGGCAUCGAUCGGGCCCUUCAUCAGAUUAAGAUUGCGCGGAAAUCACUUGGAUUUGAGGAGUUGAUAGGAAUGACUGAAACAGCAUCAUUCGGUUCUAAGACCAAACAACGUGGCACUGCUCCAGCUUUUGCUGACGCAGGGCUUGAUCGGAUUAGGGCCGCUCACUUUACAUCCGACGUUAAAGAUUCACCAGUUGAGGCCUCUCGGAUAGUAUCUGGAAGUGAGGAAGCUAUAUCAAACGACGCUGCUCCACUUGUUCCAGUCAAAUCUGAAGCGCGUAGUCCCGUUCUGAUUGCUACUGAUGUAGGGCUUGAACAAACCAAAGACGCUCGAUCUACAUCUGAUAUUAAAAAUCCACAAGUUAAGGCAUCUCAGGUAAAAUUCGGAAAUGGGGAAGCUGUAUCAAACGGGGCGGUUUCAGUUGUUCCGGUCACAUUCAAAGAGAAGAGUGCCGUUACAGUGGCUACUGAUGUAGGACUUGACCGAAUUAAGGCCGCUCUCUGUACUCCUGAUGUUACAGAUUCAAGCGUCAAAGUCGCCAAUUCUACUUCCGACGCUGCAGUCUCACCUGUUAAAGUCUGCAAGUACUUCUUGAGUCGCAAAGGAUGCAGAUACAAGCAUAACUGUCAAUCCUUUCACGAUCACAAUGCCAUGGCUAAGCUCAAGGAAAAAUGGGCGGCCAACGAUGCCAAGAAGAAGCUUGAGCAAGUUCGCACUAAUCAACAGACUGCCUAUACAAGAGAAGUCCUUGCACCCAAGAGCAAUAAUUCAAAUAUCCCUGUUGCUGUCGCUAAACCUUUAAAGCCCUCCCCGAAACGCCCAUCAAAGAAAAAGAGGCUAGCUUGCAAAAACUUCCAUUCUCCCAAUGGCUGUGUUCAAAAGAAUUGCCUGUCUUCACACGACGAACCGGAAAAGCUUAUUGACGACACCGUUCCUGGUGAAGCCCCAGAGGUUUCCAAUACUAUCUCAAGCAAUCAAAUCCCCAAAUGUCCUAAAGCCAUGUUACGCAAGCGCAAGGCUAAGAAAUCUUCAAAAGCCACGGUCGUCAAAACUUCUGAGCCGGAGCAGAUAUUUUCGGCUGCGAAACCCAUUGUAUGGGAAGGCAAUCCUAAUUUGGGUGAUGAGGCCUAUUGCACCGGAGCCAUUCUCCAAAUAUUUGGCAAAUUCGCCCCAACGAAAGAGGAAGCUAUUGAAUGGUGUAAAGAGAUGGGCGUGAAUCGAAACUUUCGGCAUUUCAACAACUUUGACAAUCUUACUAUGUGGGGUCGAGCCAUCAAUCUGAAUACCGAUGAGUUUCUAACCCAUAUCGGAUAUCUACCAGAAAUCCCCGUACGAUUUACAUUCAAGGUGCAGCUCUAUAUCCAAAAACUUAGAGCCGCCUAUGAAGCAGAACAAGCGAGGCCAAAGUAUGAUAUUUUCCAUUGUUUCGAUGACCUUCCUAACGAGUUGUGUAUGAAGAUCUGGGGAUUUGCAGUCAGAAGUGGGAGAACUCUCACAGUCAGUCUUAACCGGGAUGCAAUUCAUACUGAAGGGGGUCCUGGUUUAUUCAAACGUCGACGUGGAACUUCACCUUCACCAUUAUGGCUUGUUAACAAGCAAGCGCAGAAGGCGUGCAUGUUGGAUAAAAGCUGUGCAUUCUACUUUGGCUGCGAUUAUUUCUCCUCGAGAUUCGAUACAUUGUUUCUCAACGAUUCCGCAGAAAAUGUCAAUCUCUAUGCAUCUCAAAUUGCCUUGUGGAGAGGCAACGUUGUACAAAGAUUAUCAUUUCCUCAUUACAGACUUUGCGACGUCACAGAUAUGCGUCUCUUUGCCACUAGUCUCUACAAGGCUUUCCCAAAUCUUAUUCGCCUCGAAUUCAGUCUUUCAGAUGGGGAGUACUGGUCCAAAUACAGAGAGAAGGCUUCUAAAGUCGUCGAAGGAGCUGAUACAGAAAUUGCCAAGGUAUAUAAGAGACGUGGUGCUAAUAUCAAAUUACCACGUGUUCGUUUUGUCCUGGUACCAGAGGAACAAGCUAUGGGAAUGGGUAUUGGUGGUAUUGGCUGGUAG